AUGGCCUUGCUAGACUUGUCUUCUCUUUACAGUAGCCCGGCACUUGGCACUGUCUCAGCGAGCCAUGUCUUGAUUGCCAUCACGUUCUCCGGUGUUUUGUACUGGGUCGUGUCUGCUAUCUACUCAGUGACGUUGCACCCUUUGUCAAGAUUCCCGGGUCCAUGGUACACCUCCUUGAGUUGUAUUCCAUUUUGGAUCUCUGCUAUCUCCGGACGACAGGUGCAAUGGAUGCAAAAACUCCACUCCAAGUACGGCCCGGUCGUCCGCUAUGGGCCAAACGAAUUGAGCUACAUGGACGGCAGCGGUGCCGCCUGGAGGGCAAUCCAUGGCCAUGAAAGGGGUGGCCGAGAAUUCCCAAAGGCGAGAGAGUGGUUUGUGGCGCCGUAUAAUGGUGUCUAUGGCAUCAACAGCGCACCAGCACAUGAGGAUCACCGUCGCUUCAGGCAGGUUUUUGCACCAGCGUUUUCGGAGCGAGCCCUGAAGCGACAGGAGCCAAUCUUCCAGAAGAAUAUCGAUCAGUUGCUUUCCUCAUUGAAUGAAACUUCCGCCCAUGGUGAGAGUGUAAACAUGGUUGAGUUGUACCAAUUCACAGCGUUCGACAUCAUGGGGCACCUCACUUUUGGAGAACCGCUCGGCCUCCUCCAAAGCAACCGAUACUCAAAGUGGGUUGAAGCGGUGUUUGACUCUAUCAAGGUCAUUCCUAUUGCACAAAUAAUUCAAUAUUACGGGAUCCUGGAUUUCGCUUUCAACGUAUUGGAACCACAAUCCAUCAAGCAGAUGAAGUAUAACCACUUCAAGCAUUCUGCCGAUCGUGUCGAUAGGAGACUCCAGAAAGGGUCAGACGAAGCAGAUAUCUGGAGCUUGGUUCUUGACGCAGAUUUAGACAAACAACUGACUCUAGAGGAAAUGCACUGCCACGGCGAUGUCUUCAUGUUAGCAGGCAGUGAAACAAUUGGCACCACACUUUCCGGUGUGACAUAUUACCUGCUCAAAAACGAAGAAAAGCUGGGUUUACUCCUGAGAGAGAUACGCGCAAAGUUUCGGUCUCAGGAGGAAAUCAGUUUCCAGAGUGCCGCGGAACUCGUAUAUCUGAACGCAUGUAUCAAGGAAGCACUCCGGUUAUAUCCCCCGGUGCCAGUCGGAGUUCCAAGAGUGGUGCCGAGCCACGCAUCAGGGAUGAAUAUGCCUGGAGGCCCCGUCCCCGGUGGAACUCGUGUCUCCGUCCACCACUAUGCUACCUACCGUAACCCCGAUAACUUCCGGGAUCCUGACAGCUUCGUCCCUGAGCGCUGGCUCAACGACCCUGUCUAUAGCGGCGACAACCGUGAGUGCUGGCGCCCCUUUGCCUUCGGACCUCGGGACUGCUUGGGUCAGAACAUGGCCAUGCGGGAGACGCAACUCAUCCUUGCUCGCCUCUUGUUCAAGUUUAAUAUAGAAAUUUGCGACGGUGUGGAGGGCGCCUCGGACUGGGAUGAGCAAAAUGCCUAUGUCCUUUGGGAGAAAAAGCCGCUCAUGUGCCAACUCACAUUGGCAUCUGGUCACAUGUCUUCCCCUGAGGAGGAUUAG